CCAUGAUUGAACUUUAUUAACUUGUAACCGAUACCAAAAACAUCCUAUGUAAUAAUAUGAUUAUAAAUAUUUAAUUAUUAGUCAAACAACAUGCAUAUUUACUAUGUCAUUCCCUAAAUUACUCUUAAAAGUAAAUAACAUUCAACAAUAAUCGAACGUCAGAAUCGUUGUUAUUUCCUGAAGCAUCUUCACCCGACCCCUUCGAUUUUUAAAAGACAACUGUUUGACACAUGGUUGUUAAGGGUCCCACCAACUUCUGAUAAAUAAGUAGCGAUCGAUAACUUACUUACCCACCAUUCACAAGAAGAAAAAAAGAAAUGGGAGUUGCAGGAACAUUGGAGUACAUAUCCGACUUGAUGAGCAGUGGUCAUAAACAGAAAAAGAAGAAGCAGCAGCUACAGACAGUCGAUCUGAAGGUCCGAAUGGAUUGUGAUGGUUGUGAGCUUAAGGUCAAGAAAGCUCUCUCUUCUCUUUCUGGUGUGAAGAAGGUUGAAAUAAACAGGAAACAACAGAAGGUGACAGUGAGUGGCUAUGUAGAAGCAAACAAGGUACUGAAAAAGGCCAAGUCAACUGGUAAAAAAUCAGAGAUUUGGCCAUAUGUGCCCUACAAUCUUGUGGCACAGCCCUACGCUGCUCAAGUAUAUGACAAGAAAGCACCUCCUGGUUAUGUCAGAAAGGUAGACACCACUGGUUCAGUUGGUGUUACCAGAUACGAAGACCCUUCCUACUCUUACAUCACCUUGUUCAGUGAUGAUAACCCUAAUGCAUGUUCGGUUAUGUAAGUACAUAACUACGGUUGUCAAGACGGUAUCGUUUUGAAGCCUUUUUUGAGUAACCCACGUAUAGCCUACGGUUAUGAAUGUAUGAUGGGGUUGCUGGGGUUUGAGAAACGUAUAAAGCCGGUGGAUGUAUGUUUGAAGGAACCUCUAGUAAUUAACAUGCUAUCUCUUGCCAAAAGUAUUUCUUUUUAUAUUGUAGUACUAAAUAAAAUGUUCUUUCUAACAAUCUGAUGUUAAAUAUAUCUAUUGGAUAACUAAAUAUUAAUGUGGAGAUCGGUUUUGGUUUA